AUGGGUGACGAGCAAGUGCCUGAGCAGGGCCAGGACAGGUUCAGCUACGACUAUGACACCAUCCGCAACGGGGGGCUGAUCUUCGCCGUCGUGGCUUUUGUCAUCGGGCUCCUCAUCAUCCUCAGCCAGCGGUUCCACUGCGGAGGGAGGAAGAAGAGGAGACAAGGGAACGAGGACGAGCUGUAGGUGCAGCUCCAGAGCUGCAGUGCCCCCAUGGAAGCAGAGCUGCAGCUGAAGCCCAGCACUCCCGGCCAGCGGCCACCCCUCACCCCGCUCCAGUGGAUCCAUUACCCCGCAGAGCCAGAAGGCAAAUUACCCUCGUGCUUCCCCCUCUCUUAGACGCAGCGAGAGU